AUGGGCUCAUUACAGAACGGAGACGGCCAGUACCAGGGCCUCGGCCAGGACUUCACCAAGCAGGUCAUCGCCUCCAUGGGAUCGGAGACGAACCCCAGACUCCGUGAGAUUCUCACCUCAUUCAUCCAGCACAUCCACGACUUUGCUCGCGAGGUCGACCUUACAACGGAUGAGUGGAUGAUGGGUGUCAACAUGAUUAACUGGGCGGGUCAAAUGUCAAAUGACCGACGCAACGAGGGCCAGCUGCUUUGCGACGUUAUCGGAUUGGAAUCGCUUGUCGACGAUAUCACCAACAGAGUGGCCACAAAGAACGGCCAACCAGGCACAGCAACAGCCAUCCUCGGCCCCUUCUGGCGGGCCGACACCCCUGUCCGCCCCAACGGCAGCACAAUCGCCGUCAAGUGUCCCGAGGACGGCGAGCUCGCUUUCAUGUACGGCCAAGUGACGUGCUCCAACACUGGAAAGCCGCUGGCAAAUGCCUCAGUCGAUGUCUGGCAAGCAUCCACAAACGGUCUGUACGAGCAGCAAGAUGCCGAUCAGCCCGAGCACAACCUCCGCGGAGUCUUCAAGACGGAUGCGGAGGGACGCUAUGGAUUUUACUGCCUGCGGCCCACGCCCUACCCAGUACCGGGUGAUGGCCCCGCUGGAAAGCUUUUGGACUUGCUUCACCGCCACCACUUCAGACCUGCUCAUAUUCAUCUCAUUGUCAAAUCAGAAGGCUUCAAGUCGGUCACAACACAAAUCUUUGACGAGGACUCAAAGUACUUGGACGACGACUCUGUGUUUGCGGUGAAGGAUGGUCUGACUGUGAAGUUUAUCGAGAGAAAAGGGGAUCCUAAGGCUGCCAAGGAGCUUGAGUACAACAUCAAGUUGGCUGCCGAGUGA